AUGCUUCGUUCGAUAACGUCGCGGUCAGCGCGAGGCCGUUUCGGUCUUGCGGCUUGUCGCUCAACACAGCCGCUGUCUUCAUCGCUGCCCUCAUCGUCAUCGGCAGGCUACCGUUCUUUCACCAACAUCACGACAUCAAGAUCGCACCUUACCUCCUCUUCCAAGCUCGCAUUGCCCCAGCACGCACUCGGGCUACAGUUUCGUCACUACGCCACUCCCGCUGAAGAUGGCGACAAGAAGAAUAACUCUGCCAAGGAGCAUGACGAGGACGAACAGAAGAAGAAGGAUUUCGAACAGUCCGUAGAGCGAGGUCUCAACGAGGCUCGCCAGGGCAAAGCCGACGGCAGUCUUCCAGAAAACCUCAAGCAGUUCUUCGAGAGCGAUAGCAAGAAGCCCACAUCGAGCAAGAGCAACAAGGAGUCCGAGGCAGACGAGGACGAUGUCGCCGAGCGCAAGAAGAAGAAGAACGACGAAAAGUCGUCCUCUGGCGCUUCUUCCGGCGGUGGACCCAACGGCCAAUUCACCGAGAUCCGCAUCAACGCCAACACCAUCCUCGCCACCAUCGUCUCCACCUACCUGCUCUACCGUCUCACAUCACCCGACCAACCCAGCCGAGAGAUCACGUGGCAAGAGUUCCGCACCGCUUUCCUCGACAAGGGCCUCGUCGACCGUCUUGUCGUCGUCAACCGCUCCAAGGUCAAGGUCUACCUACACUCGAACGCCACUGGUUCCAUGUACCCUGCCUCGGGCAGCGGCUCCAGCACCCCCGCCGGUGGAAGCGGACAUGCUGCUUACUGGUUCAGCGUCGGCUCUGUAGAGGCUUUCGAACGACGCCUGGACGAGGCACAGCGUGAGCUCGAGAUUCCUGCCAACGAGAGGAUCCCCGUCGCCUAUCAUGAGGAAAUCUCGACCGCAUCGACGCUGCUUCACUUUGCACCCACGCUGCUCAUCGCCGGUCUGCUCUUCUGGAUGUCGCGACGUGCUGCUGGUGGCGCCAUGGGUGGAGGUGGCGGUGGCGGACCCGGAGGCAUCUUUGGCUAA